GCCACAUCCGGCGGUCCCGUCCGCGUCCCCUCGACCUCGGGCGAUGGCAGCGGUUCGGGGCCUGGCGCUGCGGGGGCGGCUGCUGCGGCCUGCACCGGGCACCGGAACCGGAACCGGAACCCGCUGCCCCGCGGCCCCGCUGUCCUCAUGCCCCCCCCCCCGCUCCCGUUGGUGGCCAUGGGGGGGCCGCUCGGCGCUGGUGGCACUGGGGGCGCUGGCAGCAGGGGGGGGGACCCUGGCGCUGGGCUCGGCACUGGCAGCUGGGGAGCUGGAGCUGCACCCCCCGACCUUCCCCUGGAGCCACAGUGGACCCCUCUCCGCGCUCGACCACGCCAGCCUCCGCCGUGGGUUCCAGGUGUACCGCCAGGUGUGCUCCGCCUGCCACAGCCUCGAGUUCGUCGCCUUCCGCAACCUCAUCGGCGUCACCCACACCGAGGCCGAGGCCAAGGCGCUGGCGGAGGAGGUUCAGGUCCUGGACGGUCCGGAUGAGAACGGGGAGAUGUUCCUGAGGCCUGGAAAGAUCUCAGACUACUUCCCGAAGCCCUAUCCCAACGCUGAGGCUGCCCGAGCUGCCAACAAUGGGGCUCUGCCCCCCGACCUCAGCUACAUCGUCAAUGCCCGGCACGGCGGUGAGGAUUACGUCUUCUCCCUGCUGACCGGGUACUGUGAGCCCCCAGCUGGGGUGUCAGUGCGGGAGGGUCUGCACUACAACCCCUACUUCCCAGGGCAGGCCAUAGGCAUGGCCCCCCCCAUCUACAGUGAGGUCCUCGAGUACGAUGAUGGCACCCCGGCCACCAUGUCCCAGAUUGCCAAGGACGUCUGCACCUUCCUUCGAUGGGCAGCGGAGCCAGAACACGACCACCGCAAGAAAAUGGGUCUCAAGAUGCUGAUGAUCUCGGGGCUCCUCAUCUCCCUCCUGUACUACUUGAAGCGCCACAAGUGGUCGGUGCUGAAGAGCAGGAAGAUGGUUUAUCGGCCCCCCAAGUAGGGGGCUAUGGGGCGUCCCCCCCCUAUGGCUGCUGCAAUAAAGCCUGGCUUGAGCGAGGCUCAA